AAAAGGUUUUGAACUUUAGCAGAGCUUUAGCAGCACACAUUUAAAUUUUCAUUUCAAGAUGGGAAAACCAAAGGGCGUCGCCCAGCAGAUUGCUGAGUUCGAGGUCCCUGCUGUUACAGACUUCGACCCUGAAGAAGAUGCGCCAGCAGAAAACAGCGAUGACUCUGCAUUUGAUUCCAGCGAAGACGACUUGGCUGGCACGGAACAUUAUGCUAAAGUUGGCAAAAGCAAGCUUCGAAACCCAGCCGAGGUUUUGCUUGGUCCCGAAUACUCUGGAGCUCGAGUGACUCGAGAUGCUCUCGAUGAAGAAUCUGGCGAAGAGGACGAUGAAAAUGCGCACUCGGAGUUCACAUCUAGUGAAGAGGGAGAACAGGAGGAACAAAGCGGACAAUACGCAGACCCAGAAAAUGUGGCUAUAGACAUGGACGAAGAGGAUGGCGAUAUUGAUAGUGACGGAGCACUUGGAGAGAGUGAUUUGGAGAGGUUCAAAGACUUUACUUUCCGAGGAAGCUCUAAGCCUAGAUCACUGAACGGUGGGAGAAGUAGACCUGUUGCGGCGGACUUCAUGUCUGACAGCGAUGAUGAGGGCGUUGCUUUGAAUGGCAGUCUGCCAGAGGAAGAGGAGGAAGAGAGCGACGAAGAUAUGAUGUCUAUUCCUGACCAAAGCGAAGAGCAAGUCGAGAGUGAUGAAGCUUCCAAUAUAGAAAAGUCCAGAACCUCCGAAGCGAGUAGUGAUGAGAACGAAUCUCAGUCAGGCGAGGAGGACGAAGAAAGCGAGAACGAGACGGAGGAUAGUGAUGAUGAUGCAGACGAAAAGAAGUCUCGACGGGCUGAAUUACGGAAGAUCAUGAGCGAAGAGCAGAAGACCGUGGUUGCCACCAUUUCUCAAGCGGCAAAGGCAGAUGCAGAGAAAGGCAAUGCUGUGAAGGAGCAAAGAAAAGCCUUUGACUCCUUGUUGGGGGUCCGAAUGGUCCUACAAAAGGCGUUGGUCGCCACGAAUACCAUGGCAGUUACAGAAGAGAGAGACUCUGAGGAGGCAGCAAACCAACCUUACGAAGCUGCCGAAGAGGCUGCUAUCAAAUUAUGGAACACAUUGGACUCUAUACGACAUGAUCUGCAAAAGACAAGCACUGGUUCCAAGAGUGGCCAGAAACGAAAGCGCGAGAUUGACUCAGCCGCUCCGUCAUCAGCUAUAUGGGAGAGGAUGCAAGGCUUGGAAGUUGCUGCCAUUGACAACAGACAAAGAACUCUCGAGAAAUGGUCUUCCAAGGUCAAGGGUACAGCUGCAAUGCCCGUUUCAAGAAAACUCAAUCCCACAGCAAACCAGCAGUCCAUCACUUCAGUGCUCCAAGACCAACUUGCAAGCUCGGAUCACCUAAUCCAGCGUACUAAGAUCCCUCGAUCUUGUGCUCCAGUCCAGCGAGAUUCGAAAGUCACAGAAGAUCCAAAUAUCUAUGACGAUGGCAACUUUUAUCAGAUGCUGCUGAAAGAGCUUGUAGAUCAGAGACGGGUAGAGUCACUCGCGAACCCGGUCAACUCGGCUGGGAAAACGAUGCAAUGGACUGCGGUCAAGGAGGCCAAGACUCGAAAGGUUGUUGACACGAAAGCGAGCAAAGGCCGCAAGAUGCGCUUCACUGUUCAUGAGAAGCUACAGAAUUUCAUGGCGCCGGAGGAUAGGCGAAAUUGGGAGUCUCAUGCUAUAGAUGGAUUCUUUGGGUCUCUACUUGGUCAAAAGAUGACUUUGGGUGAGGAGGAUAGUGAGGAGGAGACAGAGGGGAACAAUGGAGUGCCGUUGGAGGAAGAGGGUUUGAUGUUGUUCAGAUCGUAGAUUUGAUGAUUUGAAUGAGAUAUCUGCUCGGGUUUGUCACUUUUCUUGCGUUUUGUUAUGUCUACUCAAUGUAGGUUUAAGGUCUGAGUAUUUUUCCAACUCCAAAUGUUACCC